AUGCGACGCCGCGUGGUGGAGCCCCACGGAAGCGCCACCACCAGGUCCGGGGCCGUCAGCCCGCGCCGGCCACCCCGCACGAAGAGAGACGAGAGGGACCCCGCCGCCGUCGGCGGCGACCGGGCUUUGCCCGGCCCCGCCCUCUGCCGGCGGCGAGGGAGGAGGAAGCGGGAGGAGGGGUGCGCUGGCGGCGGUGGUGUGGUCGCCCUCCCCGUCGCCCGCGGGAGGGGUGCUAGCCCUGCUGCCCUGAUAUGCAAAUGGAUAGAUUAUUGGAUUUUAUUGCAGGGGAAUGAGGACACAAAGGACUGGCUGCGGUGGCGUGCAAGACUUGUAGCACAAGUAGGUUGUGAUUGUUCAGCGCUAGCAGAAGUUGGAAGACCUGGAUCCGGAGGCUGA